CAGUGGGCAUCGGCAGGUCGCGACUGAAUGGCGACGAAGCAGCGCCUUGGCUGGGGGGCGCGAUAACGAGAGCAAGCGCUGCGGGUUCGCGCGAGCCGCCGAAGCUCUGCUCGUUAUCCGCGAGCAGCUCUCGGCGCGCUCGGCAGCAUCCGCGCUGCUUCGCUCGUGACACCAUGGAGUAGCGGGCGAGUGUCGCGCGAUCUUGGAUCCGUCGCAGGCAGACCCAUCGGCCAUCCCUUCCCGAAGCAUGGCGAGCAACGACAUCGAGGCCAACCCCGAGGCAGCCGAUACCGGCACCGACUGGCGCCCACAGCAGCAGCAGCAGCAGCAGCAGCAGCAGCAGCAGCAGGACUCGACGGCGAGGCGCGAGCUGCCAGCAGCGGUAGCCUGGUCGGGCCUCGGCGGCGACUGCCCGCUGCUCAGGGACGCGCUCGCCCACAGGCAGGGCCUGGUCUGGACCGUGUGCAGAUUCUUCGUCGGCUACAUGCGCGGGUUCUCUCAGACUAGCUUCUCGAACAAUCCAAUCACGGGACUGAUCUUGAUGGUUGGCCUGACAACGGUAGGCCCGGGUACCUUCGUCUGCUGCUCUGCCUGCAGUCUUUUGGGACAUUUGGUGUCGAUGUCGCUACGAGAGCCGCGGGUCAACCUGGACAACGGACUGACCAUCUUCAAUCCACUGAUCUUCGGAGCAGUUUCGUACUAUUUUGUGCCAGAAGUGUAUGGAGCGUUCGACGGCUUCAGCUGCUCGCUGAUGUUCUUAUGCGUGGUUUUCAUAUCGUACUUCUGGAGGGCUUGUGCAAACGGCUGCAUCCCGUGCCUGACGAUGCCCUUCAACGUGGCCGAGCUUAUUCUGUUGUUCACGCUGAAAGAGGCUCGGAGCCAACUGGAUCACGGUCUGUCGUUUGCCAGCUCCGUGGCGGCAGCAAUUCCAGUGGGCGACGGGGCGGCGACAGCGGCCUCGGCGUUGGCGGUGGCGCCGGGCAUCGCCGGGAACGCGACACUGCUCGGCGGCAGCCCCGACUGGACAACGAUCGUGCGUGCCUCGGUGGUCUCCGGCUCGCAGCUGUUCGUCGUUGAGAGCGUGGCGUUCGGCGCCGUCGUCUACCUGGCCGUGCUGCUGUACUCGCCGCUGACCUGCCUGUUCGGCUUCCUGGGCUCGCUGGGCGCCUCGAUCGUCGCUGGGCCGCCCGCGAGCGGCCGUCGGCGCCGGCCUGUACGGCUUCAAUGGCUACCUGACCGGGGCCAGCUUGGGCGGCAGCUUCCUGGUGAUGAACGGGCAGGCGGCCGCCGCCACCUGUGUGGCUAUCGUCCUCACGGGCCUCGUGCAGCACGUGCUCGAGAUCGUCUUCCUGCCGACCGGUCUGCCCGUCGGAACCAUACCCUUCGUGCUGACCACUUGGCUGUUCAUCGGACUCGGCAAGAUGCCCGAAGGCGCCUUCUUCUACCCGGUCAGCAUCUCUUGCCCGGAGCAGCAACGCAAGGAGCUUCUGUCGCAGCGCCGACUGGCCAAGUCGGAGCAGACGGGCGCCGCGUCGGAGCUGCUGCUGCGCAACGGCAAGGCGCCCCUGGCCUGAGCGGGCCACGACCGAGCCGCGCGUCGGAGGCCGUGCAGCCGAGCCGGAGCAGCAACAGGGCAGCUGUGACCAGGUCCAGCUGGCGCAUCGCUUCGUCGCGUCCUCCUUUUCCUUCUGUCUUUUCCAUUUGGAUAGCUGUAUUGUCUCUGCUCCGAGGUCGCGCGGCCGAGCUGUGAGCCAACAAACAUUGCAGAUACGACUGAUACGCGUUCACUUGUUGACUUUCUCUUCGUGCUUUUGUGUGCCGCGAACAGUGCUUUUUAUCUAUUAUGUCAUUAUCUUUUGUACAAGAGCUUCACUACAACGCGGAUAUUGUCGAGUUUGGAUUGCAUUACUUUGAAAUUACAUUAAAAUUGUAUUCCAGUUCUUCGGGAAAAUAAAAGAAUGUAAAUGAAGCAGCAGCUCUCGUACUACAUUUGUCGGAAGUCUCGUUUGCAUUCUUUAUGCUGUUAUAAGUUUGUCUUGAUAUUCCAAUAAAAUGAGAAAAAUUCAUAACCGUAUACUGAACCAACGCGCUACAGCGAAUUCUACCUGCUAUUUAAUAAUUAUCUGGCUCAGCUGUGAAUUAGA